AUGGCUCAACCAGCCAUUGUCCGGGGUCGCGCCUUUUCAGCGUCGUCAAGACCAGAAGAUGCGCCCCGUCUCCAGGCCGCCAGCUCGAAUCCGAGUCCCUUCAUUCUUCACCGUCGCAGUCACACCGGCUGGGAGACGACGCCUUUUGCCUCGGAUACGCUGGCACGCCCCAAGUCCUCGUCCAACUUGCUAAGCACGGACAGUAGCUUUUACGCUGGCGACCUCCACGACACGCUGCUGCUGGGCGAGGCCGCCAGGAGUCGCCGGGCCAGAGAUGACAUCCAGGCUCUGGUUGACUUCCUGAAGAACCACCCACCCCCACCGGACAACUUCAUGUCGAUUCCUUAUGGCGACUAUGGUGAGGAUGAACGGGGACGGUGGGCCAAGAUCAGGAGGAUUGGCAGGAGGAGCAAGUCGAUGCCCCGGGAACCGCAGCACAUUCAACUGCCCGACUCGGCGGUCUCAGGCGUCACCAUCGGCGGCCACCGACACAUCGCCAUUUCUAUUCCUCUAGAAGCCUCUCCCUUCGGAGAUGCCGCGCGCUCGCAGUAUCCCGUCUACCCGCAGCAAGACCUCUCCAUGGGCACGCCCAGCAAGGAAGCUAUUCGGACUUACACAAACGAGAAGGGCGUGGUGACAGUCCUGCGGCCUGUUACAGAAGUCUCCGAGCCUUCCAGCGACACUACCUCGAGCUCCAAGCCUUCUCACUAUCCCGUUCAACGAAGCGCAAGUCACCGCGUCGGCGGAUACCUGUCGCCAGGUCGACGUCUUGGGGCCGACAAGCCUCAUGACUACAUCGGGGUCCUUCCGACCCAGCUUGACAGCCCCCUCCUAGACGACGGCUCCGCACCCUGGAACCGUGCGCCAUCGCGAGGGGAGCCUUCGGAGACGGCACGUGGGCGGCAAUCCUGUCAGUCAUUUCAGCGGUCUGCCUACCCGGCUCGCGGGUCUAGCAUGAUUGCCAGUCGCACGAUGCAACAACCACUCUCGAUUGACGGACUGAUAUCUCAGCAAGAGCGCGAGCGAAGUGCCAAAUACGGCCCUCGUGAAGGCAAUUUCUUGGGCUCGAGCACAAUCGUCACGAACCACAAAGGAGCUCCAGAAGCCACAGCGAGGCCACCGAAACAUAGACCCGCGCCGAUACUCACGGGUGGUCGUACAGACGCGAUUAAUGGACAGGACAACAAGAACCAUCUCACUGUGAUAUCAGACAGCCCAAUCAUCUGCCGCCGGGACGACUCGCCGCCACCUACACCUGGGUCAACGAAGAGCCGAAAGGACGUCGUACGAGACAGGAAGCGACGUGACAUGGAAGCAGUGCGCAGCGCAAACCAGAAGAAACAGGGCGAAGAAAAGGAAACAGGAGGUCUGCCCGAGUCACGCGACGGUGAAGUGCGGAAGCAGACGUCGACAAAGGCAAAACGGGAGCCAGCUCAUCAACUCGCGAUAAGCAGCGUGAUGGUGGUGCUCGACGUCGAGCCAAGCCCGUCCUUCGAUGAGGGCCGGAGGAGUCUGCCGCCAAACGCAGCAACAAGUUGCAAAGACAAACGGCGGAUCUCAGAAGGUCUCGCAGCGGCAUCAGACGAUGUCAAUGUCCUGACCCCGCCUGUCUCAACAAGCAGCUCGCCACCGCAACAGCACGGCGGGAUGGACCGCACUUCGCUGACACGUCGGCGGGAAUGGAAGGCAAUUCGCGACAAGGAGCGGAACGCGCGCGACGCCGUGCUCCUGGCUCGUGCAAAGGCGAAGCGCCUUGCCUCUGCAUCUUCAUUCGACGAGAGCCAAGCUUCGCAGACGGACAAAGAGAUCAUGCGGCUAUACGAGGCAUACCGGGAGCAUCGACUUCGGGACAUGGAACGCCGCCUGCGGCGCCUGGAGCGCAACGGCGACGUCUGGCUACGGGCGCUCGUCCCCGUCCUGGACAACAUGAACCGCACCAUGGCCGCUGCGAACGAGGAGCCGCUGGACGACGGUCGGGACUGGGCGUCGGACGACGACGCCAUCAGUGCCCUGGAACGGAUCGGGCGCGACGCAGAACGAUACGAGAUGAAGCGGCGGGCGAGCCUUUCACGUGGCAGGCUUUUGGAGAAGCUAGCCCACCAGAAGGAAGACGACGAUACAUGGAGCGACAGUGUGACCCGGAGCGACGAUAUGAGUGGCUUUGGGACGAUCGAGCCGUUGAUGAGGGAGCUCGCGGGGGAGGCCCGGCGACGGCAACGAGUGGCGCGGCCCCUGGGCAUCACUAACGAGGAUGCCUACCAUGCGAUAUGA